GUAACCCAUGGCAGCAGGCGCACGCCGAACGGACUGACCAUGAAGUCUUUUUCCGUCAUCGCCAUCACUUUGGCGCUUGUCGUCCAAUGCAGCUUUGCCGAACAAGAACCCGAUACCGCGGAAAACAUCAACCAGCUUCGCGUGGUCUAUCCGAAACCUUGGCCUCCUCGGCCAUGGCCGCAACCUUGGCCCCAACCUUGGCCACUACCUUGGCCACAACCUGAGCCUCGACCUUGGCCACGACCUGAGCCUCGACCUUGGCCUCAGCCCAGGCCUUUGCCUAAGGAUUCCACGCUGAAAGACUUGCCGGAGGUGGACAUUUCUGCCGAGGAAGAGCCAAAGACGAGGCAGCGCCGAGCUAUCCUUCCCUUGCUUAAGCGUUGGCCCCGCCCCUGGCCCAAGCCAUGGCCAAGGCCUUUCCCCAGACCUCGGGCUUAAUCAGCGCGAAUAGCGGAUCGCCAUCGCUCCCGCAAAGUCAAUUAAAAGAUUAGAGAAGAAA